AAUCACCUCCAAAAGUCAAAGACAACUUCAACCUGGAUACCCUGCAAGGCCCAUAAUUCAUUUGAGAUAUAUAAAUCUUUCAUGUCCCCUUUUUGUGUUUUUAUUUUUAGCAAAUCCCACUUAAGUUUUAUCCUCUUCAUAUUCUCCAAAUUAUAAGGUAGAGGUGGACCCUAGAAAGUGAUCAAAUUCACCAAAGAUUUGAGUUUUGCAUGAAUUUGUGAAAUAGUCAAAGUUUUUAGGGUAAAAAAAACAAACCCUAUAACAAGACAAUGGAGAAAGAAGAAAUUUGCAAGGAUAAUUCUUUGCCUACAUCUUUUCAAAUGGUAAUUGGUGAAUCCUCAUCAAAUACUAAUAAUCAAAUGGUUGAUUACUUGCUUAAUUCGCAUUCUACACAACAACAACAACAUAACCAGAGUUCGUUAGGGUUUUUACCCUCGAAUCCUUCUCUUGACAAGUUAAGCUUCGCGGAUGUGAUGCAAUUCGCGGAUUUUGGGCCUAAAUUGGCAUUAAAUCAAACCAAAGUAUCGGAGGAAGAUGUUGGGAUUGAUGAUCCUGUGUACUUCCUUAAGUUCCCCGUUUUGAACGAAAAGAAGAUUGUCCAGGAUGAUGAUGAUGAUCAAGAAACUUUAAAUAUGGUAUCACAAAAACAAGGUUGUGGAAAAGAAAAAGGUGAAGAUAAUAAUAUUAUUGAAAGAAGUCAAGAAGGGAAGAGUAAUAACAAUAAGAGAAAGAGGCCAAGAAUCAAGACAAGUGAGGAAGUUGAGAGCCAAAGAAUGACACAUAUUGCUGUGGAGAGGAAUAGAAGAAAGCAAAUGAAUGAACAUCUUCGUGUCUUGAGGUCUUUCAUGCCUGGCUCCUAUGUUCAAAGGGGAGAUCAAGCAUCUAUUAUUGGUGGAGCAAUUGAAUUUGUUAGAGAAUUGGAACAACUCUUACAAUGCCUUGAAUCACAAAAGAGGAGGAGAAUCUAUGGAGAUACUCCAACAAGACCUUUAGGAGAUUCAUCAACACCACCACCACCACCAAUGGCAAUUAAUCAAAACCCUAGUACUAUAAAUCCUCAUCAUCAAUCACCAUUACUAUUUCCUCUUCCAAAUGAAUAUAAUAUUGAAGGUGGAAUUCAAGAAGACAUAGCUGAGAGCAAGUCUUGUUUGGCUGAUGUUGAAGUAAAACUAUUAGGGUUUGAUGCAAUGAUCAAGAUUCUAUCAAGAAGGAGACCUGGCCAACUCAUAAAGGCAGUUGCUGCAUUGGAAGAUAUGCAACUUAGUAUUCUUCAUACUAAUAUUACAACCAUUGAACAAACUGUUCUCUAUUCAUUCAAUGUCAAGAUUUCUGGUGAAACUAGGUACACAGCUGAUGAUAUAGCAAACUCAAUCCAACAAAUAUUCAGUUUCAUUCAUGCUGAAAUAGCCCCAUAUGAUAUCAAUUAGUUGAAGACUAGCUAUUUAUUGUACUUUCUAGCUAGGUGGUGUGUUCUCAUAUUUAUAUAGAGAGAGAACAUAAUUAGUAUAAGAAUGCUAAAUUACUCUAGAUAUUUGGGAGCACAGCUCUUCUAUAUUGAAUUCAAAUGAACUGGAUACCUCAAAGCUUCGUCCACCUAUGUAGGGACAAUCUUCACUCCAUCAACUAUUUCUUCUUUUGCGAGAUUAAGUUUGACCCAAAAUUUAUUUUCAAGAAUCAAAGUUA